GCAAAAAGGUAGAUACAUGCCCGGUAAGAUACUUUUCUUAGCCCACUCUACUUCACAAUUUCUCAUUCACAUAUCUUUUUCCUUUUUCUCUUUUCUUCCUCGGAUCAAAAUUUGGAUCAAUUCAUCAAUGGCGUUGGAGUGGGUGGUGCUAGGCUACGCCGCCGGAGCAGAGGCCAUAAUGCUCCUCCUCCUAACUCUCCCGGGUCUUGACCCGCUCCGCAAGGGCCUAAUCAGCGUGACCCGUAGCUUGCUCAAGCCUUUCCUGUCCAUUGUCCCCUUUUGCCUGUUUCUGUUGAUGGAUAUAUACUGGAAAUAUGAAACUCGACCCAGUUGUGAAUCCGAAUCCUGUUCUCCUUCCGAACACCUCCGGCAUCAGAAAUCUAUUAUGAAAUCCCAGCGUAACGCGCUCUUGAUCGCCUCUGCUCUUGUUUUCUACUGGCUGCUUUAUUCCGUUACGGGCCUUGUUGUGAAGAUUGAUCAGUUGAAUAAGCGGAUCGAGAAGUUGAAGGCCCAGGAUUAACUAAUCUGAACUGGACUUUUUCGGAUCUCAGAUAAGUUAUUAGAUGUUUAACGACGAACUUGGUUUUACUGGGAUGUGUAAUUGCUGUGUUUGGUAAUUUUAAUUUUUCCUUAAUUGACUGGAUCGUGUAUUUGGCACACCUAUGUGUUGAUUUAGUUUAACGGAUAAUUGAGUAUUAUUGUUGAGAACUUUUGAAUUUUCUUCUGUUUAAUUUGGUUUUAGGUUAAGUUUGAUUGAAAUUAUGUAAUGCAAUUCGGUUUUUGGAUGA